AUCAGAGAGAGAGAGAGAGAGCAAGCUAGCUCAAGCUGCCCCCUGGAAAACGGAAAUGUUCAAUGUGCACAGACUGGCUUGCAUAUUUCACUCUGACAUUUCACUACCAUGUUUUCCAACAUGGUAGUGGUUAGUGAAGGGGAAUUGGAUUGGUCGUUCUCAGAACAAGGAGCCGGAAUUGACGCACAGAGCAGUAGUGUCCUUGUUGGAGUGGCUGUGGCAUGAAUUCCUUGAAGAUCUCUGGAGAAAACAGAAAGAAACUGAAACGAUUUUGGAGACCAGUGCCUGUCCAACACACUUUCUGGUACUGACUCUGCCUUUGCUUUCCACUUUUUAGCUUUGGACAUAACUGAAAACAUCCCCAAACACUGAUCUAAGUUAAUCAUCUCUGAAGAGUUGCGGAUCCACUGAGUAUUAAAGCAAACCUUCCUUCUAUGUGAGCCAAAAAAGAGAAAAACAGCCUGCCAAGCACCUGUAAAGAGAUGGCUAUCAUCAUAUGGGAAUUUGAAGAGCUGCUAUAUGGCACAUUCGUGAUCCAAAUGGGAGAGGAUCAACUGUUGUGAUGUCCCAGAAGGCUUUAUAACAGAGUAAACAAGAGGGGAAAAUUUUAACAGCUUGUUGUCUGUGCUUGCACACUAGAUUUCCUUGUAGUUACUGUAGAGAAAUCCAAAACAAACAUGCAGAUAGUUCUUUGAAAAGCCCCCAAAUCAGGUAUAGAGGCUCAGACCAACGCAGUAAAAAGAUUAUUUUAGUCUCAGAUUCUCCAACCUAUCGAUGGUCAGUCUUUUAGAAAGAGCAAGCAGUUGAUAGUGAAUUUAGGUUCUGAACCACCAUUUGGCAAAGACAGUUUCCCCAGAAAGAAAUAUGCCUGCUAAUGACACAUGUGCUGGACCAUAUGCAGACAAUACAGAUUUUCGAUACUUUAUCUAUGCAGUGACAUACACUGUUAUUCUUGUGCCGGGUCUCAUAGGGAACAUAUUAGCCUUGUGGGUAUUUUAUGGCUAUAUGAAAGAAACCAAACGGGCUGUGAUAUUCAUGAUAAACUUAGCCAUUGCUGACUUGCUACAAGUUCUCUCCCUGCCACUGAGGAUCUUUUACUACUUGAAUCAUGACUGGCCAUUUGGGCCUGGACUCUGCAUGUUCUGUUUCUACCUGAAGUAUGUCAACAUGUAUGCAAGUAUCUACUUCUUGGUCUGCAUCAGUGUACGACGAUUUUGGUUUCUCAUGUACCCUUUUCGCUUCAAUGACUGCAAACAGAAAUAUGACUUAUACGUCAGCAUUGCUGGCUGGCUGAUCAUCUGUCUUGCCUGUCUGCUCUUUCCUCUCCUCAGAACCAGCGAUGAGACCACAGGCAACAGAACCAAAUGCUUCGUAGAUCUUCCUACCAGGAAUGUCAAUCUGGCCCAGUCUAUUGCCAUGAUGACCAUUGGCGAGUUGAUUGGGUUUGUCACUCCUCUUCUGAUUGUCCUAUAUUGUACCUGGAAGACGGUUUUAUCACUGCAAGAUAAAUAUCCUGUGACUCAAGACCUUGGAGAGAAAAAGAAAGCCUUGAAGAUGAUUCUAACUUGUGCGGGAGUAUUCCUAAUCUGCUUUGCACCUUAUCACUUCAGUUUUCCUUUAGAUUUCCUGGUCAAGUCCAAUGAAAUUAAAAGCUGCCUAGCCAGAAGAGUGAUUCUAAUAUUUCAUUCUGUUGCCCUGUGUCUUGCUAGUCUGAAUUCCUGCCUUGACCCAGUUAUAUACUACUUCACCACUAAUGAGUUCAGAAGACGGCUUUCAAGACAAGAUUUGCAUGACAGCAUCCAACUCCAUACAAAAUCCUUUGUGGGCAACCAUACCACUUCUACCCUGACAACUGAAUUAUGCUAAAUAAAAAUUAAAAAGUGAAUGUGGUCUGAAAUGCAAGUAUAUCAGAAAACAUUUGCAAUACCCCAAGCCACUGGGAAGUAAUCACAGGAAGCACUCAUAGCUUUUCAGUUAUGUUCUAUCUUACCUGUAUGAGGAAUUCACAUCGUCAUAACAGAACCAAUUUAGAGCAUUAUACUCCACCAUCAUUGAUGUUGACAUGUUCAUGUAGUAAUUUGUCAUCAAGUCUUUAAGAUGUAAACUAUAAAAUUUCAGUGGCAUCCUAUACACAUGUGCUCUCAACUAAAGUCAGCAGUUUUAUCUGUGAACCUCAGACACAGAGAGACUGUUAGCUUGGGAUCAUAAUAAGUGCUUAGGUUUGUUACAACAGACAAUGAGUCUCUUUGCAUUUUAGAGGCAAUACAGUUGUCUAUUUAUACUAGUAAUCACGGUUUAUUUUCCAAUAUGACAUUUUUGGUUUGAUUUUAAGUAGGAUGGACAAUAUAUUAUUCUGUGAAAACAAAAGCGUUAUAAACAUGGGACCAUUUUUAUCUCCCAUGUGUGAUUAUACUCUAGGGGUUUGAAGACUGGAAUAGCUAUUUCCUUCAUUUCAAUGUCAGUAUGAAACAUUAUCUGUCACACCUAUGCUAGAAUAAAAAUCUGAACUCAGGCCUCUGCCAUGUUUAAAGUAAGAACAAGAAAGAGAUUCACAUACAAUAACUCUCUGUGACUGUAUAAUACGCCGUAUUAAAUCUACCCAGGGCAGUUAGCUUGUCAAAGUCCAUACAAGGUGACCCAGAUUGCCUCUAUAGGUCCAGGAGACAGCAGAUAGAUGAAAUCACAGCUCUGGUUCUUUUAAACUAUUUCCUAAGAACACCUCUGGAGAUGUAUGGACCUGCCUAGAAGAGAAAGUUUCCACUAAGCUUCUAGAGUGACGUUGAGGUACCUCUGACAGGUUACUGUGCUUUCUGAGCCUAUGAAAGAAGUAGUGCACUAAUUAAUUACUAAGCUUAGGCCAAAGUGGAAAGAUGAAGUAGAGUCAAGUACACCUCUUAAAAGCCUCAUCACAUUGUAUUUCUUACUUUAAGUUAGGUGGCAACUGUCAAGCCACCUUCACAUGCCAGAAUAGGGUUUGGAGGCAGCUACGCAUGUGGACCCUAGAGUCUUCAGUAAUUUUUCUGGCCCACCUUUGCCCCAGUCAUACCAUUCUGCGGCCUGCACAGCCUACCUCCCAGCAGUUGGAGAAGACAAUUCUUUCACUGUUUGAGAAAAGUGCAGAAGAUUAAUUUUGGCAGCAUUGGAGACCGCUAACAAUGCCUUGUCUGCUACAUUCUUGGUACUAGUAUGCAGGAAACAGACCCAGGAUAUGAAUAGUAACUAAACCUGAGAUCUUAAAUAUUAGAAUACUUUGAAGCAUGUUUCAGCAAAAAGCUCUAAGAUAAAAAAUGCUCUAUUUAAAAUCUAUGUGCUAUAUAAUGAAGACACAUGCUACUUCUCAUCUGGAAGGAAUGUGAAAAUCAACCAAGAGCUCCAUCGUAUUUAGAGGAAGGGAGUUUCUUUAGGCACACAGUUAUGAUACUAAUAUGUUUGGAGGAAAAAAUGGUGAAAUCAAAAUGAAUUCUAAUAUCUAAGAUGAAUGGAAAAUUUUCUAAUGUUUUCUCUGGACAAGUGUUGAUUUUGCUUGUACUUUGUUAUUAAAAUAAUACCCUACUAGAAGACUGAUUUUGUGCUGCUAGCAAUAGUGUAUUUAUCUCCUAAUUAUUCAUUGUAAGAUACAUAUUUUAUGUGUUAAAUAAGUGUUAAAUUGUGUUUUUAAAAGGGCAACUUGUAACUGUGUCUGGUCUGUUUGCUUUGAAGUUAUUUGUGUCUGAAUAUAAUUUAGUGUUGUAAUGGGAUCACAAGUAAUAAUUUUGUGGGUACUUGCAUGAGUCUUGUCUAUACUAUAUGUGUUUCCUAGUUUCCAGAUUAGCAUGAAUUACACUUCUUAGGGGUUGUUUUGAGAGACCAGUGAUUUAUUUUUAUUAACAUAUUAAUUUCACUUUAAACAUACCUGUUUUUAAAAGGGGAGAUUACUGAACUUCUUAGAUGAAUGGUUGAGGUUAGAACCCGUUUACUAGGCAGUCCAGAAGCCCUUGCAGAUCAUUUACAUCAUUCAAGGAGAGGACAAGUGUCCACUAUUCUUAUGCUGCUUAGCUAGGACCACCCCUUCUCCUCAGGCCAGCCCAUCUAGGUUUGUAUUCAGUUCUGUGAUUUACUUUAUCUACCCCUCCUCUCCAUCCAUAUAUUUUUGUUUUCUGUCCUAUUCCCUUGUUCGUCUAGUCAGUAAUCUGUCCAACUUAUUCACACUAAGGUGCUAAUGACUAACGUUAGCUUAAAAUUAAUUUACCAAGGAUAUCUGAAAUCUAGGCUUUAAGGGUAAACCUUAACUCAAAAUGUUAAUCCCUCACUUUUAAUAGUGGCAUUAAAGACACUGAAGCAGACUGGAGGGGAAGAUAUUUUGAAGAAAGUAGGUCUUACAGCAGUGUCUUUCAGAUUGCAUAUAGUAAGUGAUCGCCUACUUUGCUUACCGUAAUGGGGAUGCUAAAUUCUAAGAAAUAUAUCCACAAGCUCAGCUGUCAGUUUCUUAGAUCUCUGCUUGUUUUCUUUUACUUUUUGAUUUUCCUCUUCCAACUCUGGACCUAAUUUCUAGAGAAAGGUCUAAACUAGGAGAGAGGUACUGCUGCAGCUGCCAUCCACACAGCAGCCUCCUCUCGGAGCUUCUCCUUUCUUUGGAGAAUCUUCUCUCCAAACCUUCCAUUUAUCACUCUCUGGAUUCAAUGAAAUCAGGGUGCAAAAAGUAAACACUCUCAACUACAGCAACAUGCAAUUCAAGAUAAAUAAACUUACAUUUCCUAUAUAAGGUUAUUUGAGUUCUGAUUCCAACAUACACACGUAAUUAUUCCAACAAGAGAGAUUUUGAAUAUGGAGUGAUUUCCAUAUUAUUGUCAUAUUGUUAUUGUUAUUAUUGUUAUAUUCAAAUAUUUUAUAUGUUUUAUUGUCAUUCAGUUAAGCAGCUAAUUCUAUUAACCUGUAAUUCCAGAAAAAGGAGCCAUCUGCCCUAGGAACAACAGGUCAAGCUACCUUGGUCUAAAAGGGUGCAUAAGUGGAACUCUUGUGCAACUUAAUUUUUAUGUAAUCUCUUUGUUUUUACUUCCAAAAUACUGUGAAAAUGUUGCACUUGGAACUUAUUUACAUCUAUAAUUUAUAAUAUGCAUUUUCAUAAUAAAGAUGGUCUCGGUAAAAUUACACAGGAA